AUGCUCACCAAGUACGCCGUCCUCGCAGCUGCCGCUGCCGCAGCCGUCACCGCUGCUCCCGUUGUUGAAAAGCGUGCCGCUGCUGGCCAGGCCGACAUCGACUCUGUCAUCCUCAACUACGCCCUCACUCUUGAGCACCUCGAGAACGCCUUCUACCGCGACUCCCUUGCUACUUACGAUGCCGCCGCUUUCCGAGCUGCCGGAUACCCCGACUGGGUUCGCCAGCGAUUCAUCGAGAUCGGCGGUCACGAGAAGGCCCACGUUGACUUCUUGACCAAGGCUCUCGGCGACCAGGCUACCAAGGAGUGCACUUACAACUUCGGUGUUACUGACGUCAAGUCUUUCGUCGCUACUUCCGUCCUUCUUGAGGGCAUUGGCGAGUCUGCUUACCUUGGUGCUGCCCAGAACAUCACUAACCCAUCGACAUUGACGGCAGCAGGAUCAAUCCUGACCGUGGAGUCACGACAUAAAGGCAAGUAUCAUCCCCAGGUCCUACGCUAUCCAUAUCAUUUGUCAGAACGUCAAUACGACGAGAAACGACGAAGAUAUGGCCAAAAGAGUGUCGUAAGACAUUUCUCCUGGGUCAAGUCCUCCGUCCAGUUCGGUGACGCUUUCCCUCGUGAUCUCAGCACUCCUCUCAACUUCAACCAGACCUACUCGCUCGCAGCUCCCCUCAUCACCAGCUGCCCUUCCACGAACCCCGCUCUUCCCGUUAAGGCUUUCCCCGCCGCCACCAUCUCUGGUGACGUUUGCGGUGGUAAGCAGGUUACCAUCAACGGUGACGGCGUUCAGCCUGGUCAGUACGUUGCUUUCCUCGCUGGUCUCCAGGUUUACUACGCCCAGAUUGGCGAUGGUAAUACGGUCACUGUUCCUGAGGCUGUUGGUUACGGCAGGAUUUACGCGGUUGUCUCGCGCGUUGGUGACUCUAUCGCCGAUGACAACAUUGUUGCUGGUCCUGCCGUCAUCGACAUCGACCUUACGGCUGCUAAGGCUGCUGAGAUCUACUCGCAGCAGCAGUAA